AUGGGUGUGCGGAGUAUACUCCUUUUACCGAUUCUCUCCUAUGUCUUCCUCGCACAUAGCAAGCCCACCGUGAACGUCGCGAUGUCCUACGAAUUACUUAUACUUAACCUCGUUGGUGGUGGUUCUCAGCUCUUCAAAAGGCAUAAAUACAACAACACCUUCCGCUCCUUUCGAGCGUUUCUCUUCCUCUGGGCUUCACAUCCCUCAAGCGACACUGUCUCUACUCUUUUCCGCACGUCUUAUAAACAAGUUUUCCCGAAUGAACUUGCCACUGGAAGUCCUCCGGACGCAACCAUGGAGAGUCGACGCGACCGGGAGAUGAUAGGCGAGGAGCCCACCCGAGAUGAACACCGCGCGAGAGAUGUCGUCAGAUUGAAUCAAUUCCAGGUCAUAGGCGAGAAAUAUGCUGACGCCACAACUGUUGCUACAAAUCAUGUUCAGCACUUCUGGGAUCAAUGA